CGAAGUAUAGUGAAUUUGUACAAGUUUUAAGUUCUAGGAGAUUGGUAAAUUAUGUUAAGAUCUACUUUCAGAAAUUUUCACUAAUUAGAGUUAUGUUUUGAAUAUGCAAGUGAUCCAUUAAAACAAGAAGAAAUUCAUGAGUCCUAAAGUAUCAAUGAGCUCUAAGUUAAAGGACUAUUUUGAAUAUUUUCCAAAUCCUUUCCGAACUAGGCCCAUAUUGAGCUCACCGGCACAAAUUAGGGCUAAACGGGCGACGCCAGAAAAUUUUCACAUCAUAAAACCCCUCUCUUCCCGCCGGAGCUCAGUAACCGUAGAAUAGCAUAAUGGCGGAGACGAAUAAUCCACCGGCAGGCAAUAAUGAAGUCACUCCGAACAUGACGAUCUACAUCAACAAUCUCAACGAGAAAAUCAAGCUCGACGAGCUGAAGAAAUCGCUGCACGCGGUGUUCUCGCAAUUCGGGAAGAUAGUGGAGAUAUUGGCAUUCAAAACUCUGAAGCACAAGGGGCAAGCUUGGGUUGUCUUCGAGGAAGUUCAGUCUGCUACGAAUGCUAUGAGGCAAAUGCAGUCCUUCCCCUUCUAUGAUAAGCCCAUGAGAAUACAAUACGCGAAAACUAAAUCUGAUGUAAUAGCAAAGGCUGAUGGAACUUUUGUUCCACGAGAAAAGCGAAAGAGGCAUGAAGAGAAAGGUAAAAAGAGCAAGAAGGAACAACAUGAUCCAAAUCAAAUGGCAAUGGGUGUCAAUCCAGGUUAUCCUGGAGGCUAUGGCGCAGCACCUCCUUUAUCACAAAUACCAUAUCCUGGUGUGAGAUCUCUGGUCCCUGAGGCACCAGCACCACCAAACAACAUUCUGUUCAUUCAGAACCUUCCGAAUGAGACAACUCCGAUGAUGCUCCAGAUGCUGUUCCAGCAGUACCCUGGUUUUAAGGAGGUGAGAAUGGUCGAAGCCAAACCCGGGAUCGCAUUCAUCGAGUAUGGAGACGAGGCCCAGUCGACUGUGGCAAUGCAAGGGCUGCAGAGCUUCAAGAUACAGCAAAAUCCCAUGCUGAUUACUUAUGCUAAGAAGUAAAAGGGCUGGUGAUCUUCAUUUAAAAAAAAAAAAUGCCCUUCUCAGUGGAAGAGUAGAAAGAUUGUUCAAGUUGGAACCCUUACAGGAUUGUGGAAUUAAUCCAUGUUUGCGUAGGUUGCAUGGAGACAAUUGAUCGGGAGUUUAAGGGUUCGGUGUAGUUUAGAUGAUAGAAUCAACAUCUGGAUUUUGGGGUGAGUAUCUCAUGUAAAAUUAUGAUUGUGUAAUCUUAAUUUUGAUCUUAGUUUUGCAAUUCCCUCUCGCCAUUAUUUAAGCAUAAAGUAUAUUGAUUGUAUGACCAGAAUCUGACUGAUGGAAUUGGAAACAAAAGAAAAAUUAUCAGAGUUUCGAUCAAAAGCUCAUUUGUCAGAAUCCAUGGAAUCUUGGCAAUAAAAAGGGACCAAUUUG